AUGCCACCUAGUCCUCCACUGCCAACAUCUCAGUCGGGUUCUUAUCAUUCUGCACUUAGUAAUUCUGCAGUUUCUGUUGGCGUAGGCAUAACCUCUGCAACACUCAAUCCAGCAGAUUGGUCAUCACAAGCAAUUGGAUCGGUUACCACAGAGUCAAGAACAUCCACACGAGACGCUGCUAACCAUCAACAACACUGGGCAUGUUCACAUUGUACUUUUCACAAUCAUCCAGCUACUGAUGAAUGUGAAAUGUGUCGUCUUCCUCGAAGUGGAUGA